UAAUUAUAGUUUAGUAUUGAGUUAAUUGUUAGUGGUGUAUUACGUUCUGAAAAAUAACAAAAUGCCACGUUUAAGCGUAGACACAAAUUUACCAGCUUCAAAAAUUCCUGAAGGAUUUUUGAACUCAUGCACUAGUCUUAUUUCUAAAAGUCUAGGGAAAAGACAUUCAUAUUGCGUAGCAACAGUAAACCCUGGUGUAAAAAUGACACUUGGCGGUUCCAGUGAUCCCUGUGGAUUUAUUCAAGUAACAAGUAUUGGGAGUUUGGGACCAGAAGAGAAUCCCAAACACGUGGAAAUUAUGACUGACCAUGUACAUAAAGCUCUUGGAAUUCCAAAAAAUAAACUGAUGAUAAAUUUACAAGCAAAUUCUCAAGAAACUACCGGUCAUAUUGGAACCACUUUCCAUCAGCUAUUUACUGUUGAAAAAGGAAAACGACUUUAAAGAAAAAAAAUGUUUAUACGUACAUUGAUAUUUUAAAAAAUUAUAUAAUUAUAUAUAGAGAAAUUUAGAAAGCAUGCUUACCCCCUUUUAUUCUUAAAUAAUACAAUUAUUCAAAUUUUGAUUUUUGAAAUCAUCCAAUAUACUAAAAGGCUAUAUUUUCACGAAUUUAUAUUUUCAAUAUUAUUCAAGUACUAUCCUGACAAAUUUAUCACACAAAAACAAUAAGGAUUAUCAUUUUUUACUGAUAAUUGUUGAACAAAGAUAUUAAACAAACAUUUAAUAGAAAUAAGAAACUCCUAAUUUAUUGCAUCAUAAUGAAUGUAAGUUUUGGAAAUAAGGUCUUUAAAAUAUUUCUCAAAAAUCAAAAUCUGAAUACAUAUUAUAUUAGUAAAGUAUAAAAUGGAUGUGUGCAUACCUGGCUAAUUAACCUGUAUAUAUUUUAAAAUAUUAA